UCGUCGCCAGCCGCCCCCGACUCGCAUCCAUCCAUCUAACCUCCUACCCCUCCCCCCUCCCGAGAUCCAUCCGCCAUGGACGGCAAGCUGCCGCCGCCCAACCCCAACCUGCCGUACCGGGAGGACUGCUGGAGCGAGGGCGAGACCGCCGCGCUCGUCGACGCCUGGGGCUCGCGCUACAUCGACCUCAACCGCGGCAGCCUGCGCCAGCCGCAGUGGCGGGAGGUCGCCGACGCCGUCAACACGCGCCCGGGCGCCUCCGCGCGCCGCCGGCCCCCGCGCACCGACAUCCAGUGCAAGAACCGCGUCGACACCCUCAAAAAAAAGUACAAGACGGAGCGCGCGCGCGGGGCGCCCUCGCCAUGGCUCUUCUACCGCCAGCUCGACAUCCUCGUCGGGCCCACCCUCUCCGCCAACGCCAACGCCAAGAAGCCCUCCCCGCCCCGCGGCGCCGGCCUCCCCAUGCUCCGAGGCAGGCGCCCGUCCCCCGACCGCUCCCUCUCCCCGCCCUCGCCGCCCAUGCCGCACAUGUCCGCGCUCCCCAUGACCAACAGCCGCCGCGGCGGCUCCGCCAACCUACCCGCCGCCGACGUCGUCUUCGACCGCCACAAGGCCGCCGCAGCAGCCGCCGCCGCCGCUUACGACUCGGACGACGAUGACGCCUACAACAACAACACCAACAACUACCGCAACAACUCUGACGAGGAGGGCUCCCAGCAGUCGGCCUCCCGCUCCGUGUCCUCCCGCUCCGGCGGCAACGCUGCUGCGCCUCUUGCCAGCACCAAAAGGAAGAGGGGCGGCGGGGCUGGAGGGUUUGGGGAACUAGCCAUGGCGAUGGAGACGUUCGCCGACAUGUACGAGCGCAUGGAGGCGGCCAAGCAGCGGCACGCCGAGGAGAUGGAGAAGCAGCGGAUCAACUUCCUCAAGGACCUCGAGCUCAAGCGGAUGCAGGCCUUCGUCGACAUGCAGCUGCAACUCUCAAGGGUCAAGCACGCCAAGAACGGGGCCUCGGAGAUGCUCAUGUCUCUCGCUGCGCUGCCAUUCCUCAGCAACCCGGCUUACCUAUGAUGAUGAUAUACUAGCAGCAACAAGAGUUUGUUUAGAUUUCUUGCAGUUAAGCAGGGUAUGAUGCUGCUCUUUCAUGAAGAUCUAGGUUCAUUGGUAGUUUUGGUGUAUAUGCAAUGGAGUCCGGUAGUGUAAAACAAUGCUUCUGUUCCAGCCAAGAGCCUGGUUUACCCACUUUUCCUGGAAUAUUAAUUCCUACGGCCUUUUGUCUUGUAAUGUGAAGAGACAUUUUUUUGUUCAACUUUUCUUUUCAGUUAACAUCACUUACAUGGUCUGUAACUAAAAUUCUGAGUAUGAAUCAGUUCAAGCUAAGCUGAUCUGAUGCUUUUCACGUCUUGUUGUUACUUUCUUUCAUCCAUAUAUGAACUUUACGCACA